CAAGUCCCAAAGCUUCAACUCUCAGUAUAUACUGCUGACAAGUAAUAGUUUAUAUUAGCAGCAAAAAUGGCUUCACGCUUGCUUAUUCUAAUGGCGGUUUUGCUCUUCUGUGUUACUCAGGUCUCAUCUGAUGUUGAGAUUGAAGACCAUCAAAUCCAGGUAGGGAAAGGUGCUAACAGAAGGCUUUUGCCAUAUUUGGACUGUGGGGGGCUGUGCAAGAAUCGGUGCAGUUUGCACUCGAGGCCAAACGUGUGCACGAGAGCGUGUGGCACGUGCUGCGCACGGUGCAAGUGUGUACCACCGGGCACUUCAGGGAACAGAGAGAUGUGUGGGAGGUGCUACACCGACAUGACUACUCACGGCAACAAGACCAAGUGCCCUUAAUUGAUUCGACCCCAUCACCCUAAAAUCUUAUAUGGCUAUAUAUAUAUAUAAAUAUAUAGUUGUGAUAUAUAUAUAUGUUUGUGGAAUUAAGUUCUAUUACGCAGUGGAAUAGAUAGGCUUUGAAUAGCAAUCAGUGUAUGUGUGUCUGUGCAAUGAAGUUUAAUUCUCACUAGUUUCAGUUGUAUUAUGGGGCAGUCUUUCGGUGAAGUAAUGGUUGAGCAAUUUAAAUGGAUUUUUUUUUGUUUUUUUUUUUUUUUUUUUCUGCAAUGGAUAUGGGUUAUUGAGGACAAGGUUUAAAUUAUUUCGCAGAACAACAGUAUUUUUUUAUUUUUUAUUU